ACACUUGAUUGCGUCAUUGUUAUUGUGUGCAGUUCAAGCGAAGCACCAGCUGCUCGGGGCUCACUGGAUAUUUCGCCAUCUUUUUAGAAAUUUAACAUUUUGAAACAUUUCGCCACGUUGUUCAGCGUUGAAAACGAAGGAGGAGGCAAAGAAGCGCCAUGUCGAUAACACCUGAUGCUCAGUCAGAGGAGAAUUUGCAAGGUUCGUGGGUGGAAUUGCACUUCAGCGGGGCAGCCUCACAAAGAAGUCAAGAGCUCGUAUUGCCCACGUCCACUCAACAACAGGAUGACGUGGAGAACAUGCUGCUGGACGCCCAACACGAGUCGGGCAGAAACAGUUCAGGCGGAAGUUCGCAGUGCAACAGCCCAUGCAGAGCAUUGACGCCCCCUGUGUCGAGAAGUUCUGGGGGAAGCAGCCUACAGUCAGAUGAGGACCUUCAGGAAAGAAGACAGGAGGUGGAGCUGAUGAUGAAGAAAAAUGCUGACUGGAUCUGGGACUGGUCUAGUCGACCCGAGAACAAUCCGCCAAAGGAGUUCCUGCUCAAGCACCCAAAGCGCUCCACGCCGCUCAGCAUCCGCAAUAGCAGCGUCAUGAGGAAGGGCGGCGUCCUCUCGCCUGACUUCCUGCAGCUGUUCUUGCCCUCGCUAAUCAUCUCACACAUACUCGCCAUCGGCCUUGGGAUAUACAUCGGGAAGCGGCUGACAUCCCACAGCACCUUGUGAAAAGUGUUGCACUUGGACCUUGAUGCAACCUCAGCAUGCCUUAAAAUGAGAAGAUCAAAUGUGAAAAAUCGACUGUGGGCUAUGAUGUGACUGAAACGCCCGCCUUGCACCUCCGUGAUGCUCUCGGACUUGUCAGCGUCCGAUGCCGGUUUUCUGCUGCUUCAUCCGUUGUACGUCUUUGCAUUGAAUCACUUGAUCAGAGUUGGUAAAUUGUAAACUACAAGGUAUUACUAUUUUAUCAUUUGUAUCCAGGGGAUCAUUACUAUACUGUGAUUACAUCACUCCAAAUUUUGCUGUGAUGAUUUAAAAAUGUGAUGCACAAACAUGGUCUGAGAUGUUCAAUAAAAGUGAGAAACCUGGCUCUUUGAGUUAAGUGAAAGGAAAUUUCCCAAAACGGAUGAACACAAUUAAAAUUUUAUUGAACUUUGGUCAAAAUAAUAAACAAGUGAAUACAUUGUCACCAUGUUAGGAAUCAACGGACAAAGACAAUGCAUUGUGUGUUUCGCCUGUGUGUACUUGUAACAAUGUCUGCAUUCACAUCUAUGGGUUUGGUGACGCGUUUGGAGGAACAUCCCAAAUUAGUAAGGACACGGAUGUGGGCUGUCAAUAUUCUUACCUAAAGAUUGGGAGGCACUCAUCACCAGUGUUUGUGUGUAUGUGUGCAAUGUUUCCGUAGACAGCUACACGUAGCAGCGGCGUAUGAGGACAUCACUCUAGAAAAAAGGAAUUACAAAUAAUGCACAUGAGGUUCGGGCCAGGGUGGGGCAGAACUUGGAGCUGUCACUCAUAGAAAGUGGGAAUUAAGGCUGCAGAUUCCCUUUGUCUGUCUUGUGCCGUGUGCUUUACCGGCCCACAAAAGCACUCAAAAAUCAAUACCGUUUUAAUAUGCACUCACGCAUUCGCUCUCACAGACACGCAUGCACACAUUAUUAGUUAUGUCCAACAGUGGUUGCGGAACUGUUAGCCCCAAAUAGUAGUUCAAUAAGCAUGAUUUGCUUCAGAUCUGCUCCCCUCCAAAAAAAGACAGUGGUGCGACUGGACAUGUUCCACCUCUCUACAACAUAAAAACAUGCAAAGCAAUAUACAUAUCUUUAAAUUUAAAAACACAUCUGUCGUUUUAGUUUCAUUUUAUUAUGUGGAUGACAAGGUGUACUUGAGUAGAUACAGUCAGUGAA